AUGGCAUAUUUUGUUCCUGCUCUUGAUCUCCUGGCUCUUCAACUCUCUGUAGCAGCGUUUGUAGUUUUGAGUGGUGGAGAGAAACAAAGAGUAGCACUUUCUCGCGCAUUCCUGAAAUCCCCUGCGAUUCUGUUGUAUGAUGAGGCAACAACUGCACUGGACAGCACAACAGAGGCAGAGAUACUAAACACACUCAAGUCACUGGCGAGUAACAAGACAUCCAUCUUCAUUGCCCACAGGCUGACCACAGCGAUGCAGUGUGAUGAGAUUGUAGUACUGGAAAACGGGAAGGUGGUUGAACAUGUUUUCAUAGUAUUUCACAUGUUGUUAUGA